AUGAGCGUUUCAAACACAACACACACUCUUAAACAAAUAAAAAGAAUCUACCACAAAAUUGUACGUAACAAAUCCUUCCGUUAUUUCUUUGGAGAAUUCAUCGGAUGUUUUAUCCUCUUUUUCUGUGCCAACGCUUCUCCCUUUUUCGCAAGAACACAGUUGGAGGCGGGGUUGGUCAUCUUUUUUGUUCUUGUCCCAUUAGUCAGAAUGUUUAUUCCAGUCAGUUCAGCUCAGUUCAAUCCUUAUAUAACAAUACCACUUUUGUUAGAAGGGCGAAUAACUGUGAUCAAUUCGAUCAUUUCUAUUUUUGGACAACUGACAGGUGGAAGUCUUGGCGUCAUAGUACUUAAUAUUUCAUUCACGGACUCCGCGGUUGCAUAUUUAGAUAAAAGUUACGACAUCAAAGCUGAGAUGUCAGAGAUUUAUGGACAAUUAGCAUUGACAAUGGCUUUAAUUGUCGGGCUCAAAAGAAAUUGGGACAUGCCAUUAACGUUUGGUUUUGUUAUAGCAGCUGGUGUUUAUGUUCUCAAAGGUGGAAUGAUAGUCAAUCCGUGUUUGUUGGUUGUCAGACUUUUUGUGAACAAUUCAAACUCUAUGGAUUAUAUUUCGGCAUUGUACUUCUUCCUUUUUGAAACAGUUGGACUUGUAAUUGGGUAUAUAAUUGGUCGUUUCAUAAUAAUCGCUGGUGAGCCAAGUGAUGAUGAGUUAUCUCGAGAGUCACAAGAUGAUGAAAAAGAUCCAUUAUUGAUAGGGGCUGUUAAUGAUGAAGAGAAUCAAUCAUAA